GAAGGAGGCAAGUGAAAACGUUUCGUCUUUUCUAUGACACAGCGAAUGAUUUCUCGGUUGUGGUUGAAAGUAUCUAAGAUCCGACGUGCUGGAUUCAUCAGAUUUGGUGGAUUUGCGCUAUCAGAGAACUAUCCCCUGUACAUUCGGAGCAUUCCUACACAGGGGGAACUCAAGUUCCACUACACAGUGCACACUUCUCUGGACGUGGUGGAGGAGAAGAUCUCCGGUGUGGGCAAAGCCUUGGCUGACCAGAGGGAGCUUUAUCUGGGACUCCUCUAUCCGACUGAGGACUACAAAGUAUAUGGUUAUGUGACAAACUCUAAGGUAAAGUUUGUGAUUGUUGUUGACUCCUCCAACACAUCUCUGCGAGACAACGAAAUUAGAAGUAUGUUUAGAAAGUUGCACAACUCCUUUACCGAUGUAAUGUGCAACCCGUUCUACAACCCUGGUGAUCCAAUUCAAUCGAAGGCUUUUGACAGUAUAGUUUCAACUAUGAUGGUGCCGGCCUGCUGAUGUCCUUUCUUCGCAAUUGUAUAAUGUUUACAUCGGUGUCUGUUGCGUAUUGUUCGUGAGGUGAAAAUAAAUAUUUAAUUUGUUUCAUGAAA